AUGUCCGACCCUAACAACUAUACUAUUGGCUGGAUCUGUGCUAUAACGACCGAGUAUACCGCGGCACAGCAGUUCCUUGACGAAAAACAUGAAAGCCCCGAAUAUGUAUCCCCCAAUGACAACAAUGAAUAUACUCUGGGCCGUAUAGGCAGCCAUAACGUGGUGGUUGCCGUUCUUCCAGAUGGCGAGUACGGCACGAGCUCGGCAACAAGUGUUGCAAGGGAUAUGCUUCACACGUUCCCGAAUAUCAGAAUUGGUCUGAUGGUUGGCAUUGGUGGGGGUGCACCGACCGCAAAAAAGGAUAUCCGUCUUGGCGACAUUGUGGUUAGCUCCCCCAGCAACGGUAAAGGGGGUGUGUAUCAGUACGACUACGGAAAGACUAUUCAGUCCCAGGAAUUUCAACCGACCGGGAUGCUUAACCAGCCACCACCCGUAUUGCGUGGCGCAGUGAGCGGUCUCAUAUCUCAGUACGAAGGAGACGGAAACAAGCUAUCACAAGCUGUAGAAGCUAUACUCAAGAAGAAGCCAAGGCUUAGGAAGAAGUACCAACAACCUAACCUACAAGAUGAUCGACUCUAUAAAGCCGAGUUUGUCCAUGCUUUAGGCAGCGAAGAGAGUUGCGUGGACGUUUGCGGUAACAACGAUUUGAAUCUGGUACAGCGACGCGAGCGAACGGAAGACGAAGACAAUCCAGCUAUACACUAUGGCCUGAUUGCCUCUGCCAACACGUUGAUGAAAGAUGCGGUCAUACGUGACAAGCUUGCGGGAGAACAAGGAGUGCUAUGUUUUGAGAUGGAAGCCGCUGGUCUGAUGAACCACUUCCCGUGUCUGGUCAUCCGUGGUAUCUGCGACUACUCCGAUUCACACAAGAACAAGGUGUGGCAAGGCUAUGCGGCUAUGACAGCGGCGGC